UGACAGUGGCUGACAGACACCUGACUACCUGACAGGUAUGCAGCGGACAGUUUUCAGUUUCAAGAUUAUCGGUUAAAGUUAGAAAAUUUUCUUGCAAUUUACAAAAUAUCAAGUUGUAUAAAGACUUACAAAGUUUUGGCGGGAAACGACUUUCAGCACUGAAAAUCAAAAAUGGACAAAAGAAAACAGUUCAAUAAAGGCGCACCUCCAAAGAGGUUUAAGUCUCGCGAUGAUAACGAAGAUAAUAAUGACAUACCAGGUAGUUUUGAAGAGCAACUCGCUGGUAUGGACACUGGCGAGUUCGAAUCACAACAGGUAUUUGGCGAGGGUCCUGAAAAUCAAAGCACAAACACAAAGUGGUCGCGGCCUGCCGCGCCAAUUAUGGAUCCCAAGAAAGAUGUCUUAGUGUUUCAGCAAUUAGAUAUUGACCAUUACAAUGGACAACCAAUACCUGGAAUGCCAGGUUCACAAUUGAGUCCUGUGCCUAUUAUGAGAAUGUAUGGCGUUACAAUGGAAGGAAAUUCGGUAUGUUGCCAUGUUCAUGGUUUUACACCAUACUUUUAUGUUGCAGUACCACUUAAUUUUACUGAAUAUUCUUGUAAUGAUUUGAAAAAUAAUCUGAAUAAGGCAAUUUUGGAAGACCUACGUUCCAAUAAAGAUUGCAUUAAAGAAGCUGUUCUAGAGGUCCAUUUAGUAAAAGCAAAGUCAAUUAUGUAUUACAAGGGUGAUGAUGACAGUACCUUUGCCAAAGUGUCUCUUGCAUUACCAAAGUUGAUCGCGCCAGCAAAACGCCUGAUUGAAAAAAUGCCUACUAGUUUUGGCUUAAUGGAUCCAACAUUUUAUGAAACCAACAUUGAUUUUGACAUUCGUUUUAUGGUGGACACUGCAGUGGUAGGUUGCAGUUGGAUUGAAUUACCGGUUGGCAAAUGGAAUUUAAGAUCAAAAAUUUCACAGCUGCGCCCUGAGUCACGCUGUCAAAUUGAAGUUGAUGUGGCUUGGAAUAUGUUUAUUGCGCACCAACCUGAAGGAGAAUGGUCAAAAGUUGCACCAAUAAGAAUAUUGAGUUUUGAUAUAGAAUGUGCUGGAAGAAAGGGCAUUUUUCCAGAACCCAAUCAUGAUCCUGUUAUACAAAUAGCUUCUAUGGUCAUAAGACAAGGAGAAAAAGAACCAUAUUUAAGAAAUGUUUUCACUCUCAACACUUGUGCACCUAUAGUAGGUUCUCAUGUCCUCAGUUUUCAAUCUGAAUCAGAGAUGCUAUCUAAAUGGGCAGAUUUCUUUCGAGAAUUGGAUCCAGACAUUAUAACUGGAUAUAAUAUUAAUAAUUUUGACUGGCCUUACCUCAUAAACCGUGCCAAACAUUUGAAGGUUGAAAAUUUUGAUUUCUUAGGCCGCAUCAAAAAUAUAAGGUCAGUUAUUAAAGAUUCUGUAUUACAGUCCAAGCAAAUGGGCCGCAGAGAAAACAAGAGCAUUAACUUUGAAGGUAGAGUCCCUUUUGAUUUGCUACUUGUCCUAAUUAGGGACUACAAACUGCGGUCAUACACUUUGAAUGCUGUGAGUUAUCAUUUUCUUCAAGAACAGAAAGAAGAUGUACAUCAUAGUAUUAUUGCAGAUUUGCAAAAUGAAAAUGAACAAACACGGAGGCGUUUGGCAAUGUAUUGUUUAAAAGAUGCUUAUCUGCCCCUGAAACUAUUAAACAAGCUGAUGUGUAUUGUUAAUUAUAUGGAAAUGGCCAGGGUAACUGGUGUGCCAUUGCUUUGUCUGCUAACAAGGGGUCAACAGAUCAAGGUUGUUAGUCAGUUGCUAAGAAAGGCAAAGGAUGCUGGAUAUUUAAUGCCAGCCCACCAUGGUCAAGGAUCAGAUGAUCAAUUUGAAGGAGCAACAGUCAUUGAACCUAAAAAGGGAUAUUAUGCUGAUCCUAUAUCAACACUUGAUUUUGCUUCUUUGUAUCCAAGCAUCAUGAUGGCACACAACUUGUGCUAUACAACACUUUUGCCACCUUCCACUCAAAAGGAUCUAAAAUUAAAUUCUGAUGAUAUCAGCACAACUCCAUCCAAGAACAUGUUUGUUAAAGCAAAUGUUAGAAAAGGUUUACUUCCCGAAAUUCUGGAAUCAUUACUUGCAGCAAGAAAAAAGGCUAAGGCAGAUUUAAAAGAAGAAAAAGAUCCUUUUAAAAGAUCUGUUCUUGAUGGCAGACAAUUAGCCCUAAAAAUAAGCGCCAAUUCAGUGUAUGGUUUCACAGGAGCCCAAGUGGGAAAAUUACCUUGCCUAGAAAUAUCAGGAAGUGUGACUGCUUAUGGAAGAACUAUGAUUGAGUUCACGAAAUCGGAGGUUGAAAAGAAGUAUACUAAAGCAAAUGGAUAUAAGGAAGAUGCUGUAGUCAUUUAUGGGGAUACAGAUUCUGUUAUGGUUAAAUUUGGAGUAAAAACUCUUGAGGAAAGUAUGGAAUUGGGGAAAGAAGCAGCUGAUUUUGUGUCAUCAAAAUUUGUUAAACCUAUUAAACUUGAAUUUGAGAAAGUAUACUAUCCAUAUUUGCUUAUAAACAAGAAACGUUAUGCAGGACUUUACUUCACAAAGCCAGAUAAAUAUGACAAAAUGGACUGCAAAGGUAUUGAAACUGUUAGACGCGACAACUGCCCCCUCGUAUCCAAUAUGAUGAGCACAUGUCUACAGAAAUUACUCAUAGAUAGAGACCCAGAUGGAGCAGUCAAUUAUGCUAAACAAAUAAUAGCCGAUUUGCUGUGCAACCGCAUUGAUAUAUCCCAACUUGUUAUAACAAAGGAACUGACUAAAAAUGAUUAUGCUGCAAAACAAGCUCAUGUGGAGCUAGCUAACAAAAUGAGGAAACGAGAUGCAGGUACAGCACCAAAGCUGGGCGACAGGGUUCCUUAUGUUUUAUGCUGUGCUGCUAAGAACACGCCUGCCUAUAUGAAAGCAGAAGACCCAAUAUACGUUUUAGAAAAUAGCAUCCCUAUUGAUUUCAACUAUUAUAUGGAAAAUCAGCUAUCUAAACCACUUUUAAGAAUUUUUGAACCUAUUCUAGGAGAGAAAGCAGAAUCUUUACUUCUUAAAGGGGAACACACGAGAACAAAAGCUAUGGUUACAUCUAAAGUUGGUGCUCUAGCUGCCUUUACAACAAAGAAAGAAAAAUGCAUAGGUUGUAAAUCUAUUAUGCCAAAUGAUGUGAAAAAAGCACUUUGUAACCACUGUAUAGAAAAAGAGGGACAGUUGUACAUCACAGAAAUAUUUAAGUUGAGACAACUGCAAGAAAAAUUCUCAAGACUUUGGACAGAGUGCCAAAGAUGCCAAGGAAGCUUACAUGAAGAGGUUCUGUGCACUAACAGAGAUUGUACAAUUUUUUACAUGAGAAAGAAAGUUGGCAUGGAAUUAGACUCUCAAGAAAAAACUGUUCUUAGGUUUGGAAAACCAAUUUGGUAAUUCCAUAACAAUAAAAUGUGUAAUGUAGGUUUGAGUUGUUUUAUUUUGUUUUCAUUUUUUGCUAUUAUAAUAAUGGUACAAUAGUUUUGAAAAUGUAUUUAUUGCCUUACUUUUGUAGUAUUUACUUUAGGUUUAUUUUAAUAACUUAAUAUUUAGAUACAAAAAACGUAGGUUUUAUAUUAAGUUGUUAAGAAUGAUACACUGACACAUCCAAUUUCAUAGUUGAUAUAAAAAAUUCGUUUGUGAAUAAGGAAUGUUUCUGCAAUACUAUAUUUUUGUAUGAAUACGACAAGUACGCAUUCAAGCUUAUUUUAAGUACAUUUAAAAUUAAAUACACAUAAAACAUACACAAAUUGUCAGUAGAAUUUCACAUUAUGCCUCAUUUUAUCACAGAAAUAUUAAGUUGACAAACAAUUUUAAACAAUAAAAAAUAUCAAUAAGUCUCUGAUCACCACUGUCUACUCUAAAAUUAUAAUUUGCAUAGAAAUAAACAUUAGAAUAAAUAAUAAUUUAAAAAUAUCCUAUGUAAAAUUUUGAAUUUAUUAAAUUAUAUUACCAGCUGUUGGUGUCUUAUUUUGAUGUGCACACUUUUAAAACUACUUAUUUUUCAAACGCCCAUUGCUAUACUGCGAAUACGAAUUUUAGGCCCAUAAUCACUGACCUAAAAUCACUGAUGUUAAUUUGCACUACUUAUAGCAAUAGUCAUUCGAAAAGUAAUGAAGUUUUAUUAAGUAUUUAAAAAUUUCCUUCAUUCUCAUUAAUAGUCACGUGCAAUAUGUGCACACGUAGCGACAUUUUUGUAUGAAGAAAGUAGUAAUUAAAACCAUAAAAAAAUUUAAUGAUAAUAAAUUCAAGUUUGCUAGAGUAUAAUGGCAAAAAAUUUAACCAAAGCUAUAAACAUUGAAUUGUAAUUUUGAUACGUGUAUCGUAUUAAAGCACGUGACUGUGCGCACGCGCCUUAUUUCAGGGUGACCAUAAUA